CUAUGGACAAAACUUUUGAAAGGGUCAUCCGUACAUACAUACCUUAGCGUCAGAUGGGGGGUUGCGGUAGCCGUAUAUAUACAGUAUACAUACGGCUCCCAGGUAUAAGCCGCUCCCAAAUGUUAGUGAAAAUUGUGAAGCUCACCAAAUUCAUACGUAUCGGUGCUAUGAGCCAAUCCAUGUUUUUUGAAUGGUACAUACGCUAUGCCUCUCGCUCCUUCACUCUGCGCUAUAAGCCGCUCGACCAAUAAGCGGUUCUUACGCUGUGCACGGUUCGAGACGCGUCUUAAAUACUAUUGUUCGCGUCUGCUAUCUCAUACCUCUUGAAAUAUUCUAGUAUCAGAUAACUUGAUUCUAAUUGAAAGACCGAGUCUUUCAACAAAUCUCAAUAUGAAUAGAUAUUCUGAAGUCCCGAUAGAAAUAUCCGAUAGCUCCUCCGGAAAUGACGAGGAUGACAUGGAUUCCAUAUCCGAGGAGGAUAGUCUAAACGAGAUAAAGAAAGAUCUACUAAGAUGUCUUGAUAACAUCCAAACCGCUGGCCGUGUCGCUGUAUCUAAACAGCACGAGCAAUUUGCCAACCCUGGCUUGACGAUUGCUGACACUCUUAUACCAUUACCAUUAGUACCUCGCGAUGCCGAGACGAUUAAGAGUGUAUCUAGAGAAGCUCCAUUUGGCAAAGGUGACGAGACGGUGGUUGAUGCUUCGGUACGAAAGACAUGGGAACUUGACCAUACUCAAUUCACGCUUGCGAAUCCUGCUUGGCAAGCCUAUGUUGCCUCUCUAUUAGACGAUGCUGCACAAAGUUUGGCCAUGUCAGAGGUGAGAGCUGAGCCUUAUAAGCUGCUUCUAUAUGAAGAAGGCUCUUUCUUCAAACGUCAUAAAGACUCGGAAAAGGUCCCAGGAAUGAUCGGAACGAUGGUCAUUUGCCUUCCUUCGAAACAUGAUGGCGGUAGCGUUCACCUGUCUCAUGCUGGUAAGAGCUACGUCUUCGAAACAGACAAGACUUCUGACUUCGGCCUAACGAGCCUCUCGUGGUUCUCUGAUGUUACGCACGAGAUUAAACCCUUGAAGUCCGGAUACCGCUUAGUGUUGACAUAUAACAUCAUCCAUACGGGCCACAAGCACAUGUCUGCUGGACUGGUCGGAAAGCAAUCAGAGCGUCUCCGUUCGGUGCUAGUUAAGUGGCAAUCAAAGCUGCCGUUCAGGGAGAAGCUAGUUUAUAUGCUUGACCACCAAUAUACCCAGUCGAGCCUGAAGCUGAGCAAUCUUAAAGGUCGGGACAGAGCCAUAUGUCAAAGUUUGUACGAAGUUGGCCUAAGCUGCGGCUUCACCAUUUUUCUUGCCAAGAUGACCCGAACGCAGAGCGGCGAUGCGUACGAGUUUUAUGAGGAUGAAGAGUCAACAGAGCUGGAAGACGUGAGGGCUUGUGAUGGAUCGAUUGUUUGCAAUAACAUAUACUUGGAGGAUGAGGAUAUCCUAGGGUCAGACCUAUGGGACCGAGACCCCGACAGUGAAGAUGAAGGUGAGUUUACUGGAAAUGAAAGCAUGCCGUCGACACUCCGUUACCAUGACACUGUCGUUGUUAUAGUGCCUAUGAGCACUAUGCCCUCGUUUCUUCCCAAGCCCGACCCACGUAUUGCAUUGAGCCUGGCCAGCCAUACUUUAGAACACCGGCCGGACGAUCGUCGUCUCCAGGCCUCCCUGCUGACAAAUUUGGAAAAUGCCAUUCUCUACGGGUCGCCUGAUGGCACGUUAUUGUCCAACGUGAUCAACCUAGCUAUCAAGUUGCAAAAAAAGUCACUGUACCAGGUAGCUGUUCGUACUGCACUGAAGGACUCGACUUCUCGACAGUUAGUAUUAGAGACAAUAGUCCAGCUCAUGAAAGAUGAUUAUCUCAAGGACACUCAGAAACAGCCGGACUGGGAUUUUUGGCUCGGCGACGCGUUUUAUGGACCUAAUAAGAUUUCCCUGGUAAUCCUAGCUGAUGUAUUGAAUCGCCUAGAUGCUUUGAUACAAGACGAUGAUUUAAAAGUUUCGUUUCAAAGCUGGAGGACACCAAUAACGGGGAAAAUGAUCAAGUCAAAGCACAUAUUGGGCAUGGAAGAUCAUGAUUACUUGAUUUGCCUCCUCUUCUCACAAUCUAAUGACUUGGCGUGGUUGACAAACUGGUUUGCGCCGAUACUGUCGAGCAAAGGUUCUAACCAGCUCAUUUAUACAAUAUUACGGGAUAUCUAUUACAAUCGCCAGCGCAAAACACUCGCGAGAGCUACUGAUGCGUACCGGUGCAUUCUAGAAAGUAGUACAGAAAAGCUGGCUUUGCGCACCAGAAAUUUCUCAGCCCCUCAGCCCUACCUCUCCAGACCUCCCAGUAAAAACACCUUAGGUUUUCAUAAGAUUAUAGAGGUUAUCAGCCUGGGUCUAGACAUGGGGUUAUCCAAAGAGGUCACUAAACUCCUCGAGAUGAGUUGUACUAAUAUCUGUCAAUCCAGCCUGGAACUAAGAGAAAAUAAUUCAUUUGCUUCCAGUCCAGUUAAGAGCUUCUUAGAAGCUCUAUUGGCCGUCCUACAGAAACACAAGGUCCCUCCUCUUGAAUGUGUCAAGAACAUGUUCGUAACUCUCUUCCGCGAUAUCUUCGUCGGAGGGUUGCCAAAGCGUCCCACAAAGUCCCAGGGUUGGAAGCACAGGCCGAUAAACUGUCAUAUAAACUGCCACGACUGCAGGGAGCUUAACUCCUUCCUUGUGGAUAGCAAAGAAGAAGAACGCGAAUUUACCAUGGUUACGAAACAACGACAACAUCUUGAAAGCCAGCUACCGAAAAAUCGGUUCCAUUGCCGCACUAGAACAGGCCGUGCGCCGUACGGAUUGAUUGUAACUAAGCUGGGAAAGGAGUUCGAGGAGGACAUGAGGGAAUACCAACGUCGCCUUUUGCUCCUCAGUAAUGAACUCGAAUCGUUCAAGUGCGAGUACAUGAGAUCUCUAUUAGGAAAAGAGCUGUACCAAGAGCUGGUCCUCCUGGAAGAUGCGUGGGGUGCGGACGGUGCUGGAACAACGAGGACUGCCGGGGGGAAGAGGAAAGCAGAGGAGGAUCUUGAUGGCUCCAGUGCAUCGAGACCCAGACUUAUAGAGUGACCCAGGCGGUUUCGAGGCACGCACUUUAGUAUAUGAAGGAGCACAAAACCUGGGCCGUAUGUAUAUGGGAUGGUCAAGGCCCGCCGUUAUACCCCGGGCCUAUGAUAAUAUGUAUUUUAGAAGAGUCUUACAUUGUAAUAUUUCGGGAGUAGAUUAAGACUAAGCUCUAGAGUAAAUUAGACUAUCACAUC